CGCCGCCGCGCCCGCGGCGCCCUCGCCCUCGGCUGGCGGCGCCGCGCCGGUGCGGCUGGCGCUGGCGGCGCCGGGGCCGCCGCAUGCCGUGCUGCUGCCCGCGGCCUCGCGGCCUGGCGCGUCGCCCACUGCGGCGCCGGCGUCGGCUCCGUCGCCCGCCGCGGCGCCAGCCGCGCGCGAGCAGGAGCUCGGCACAGCGUUGUAGAAGUACCCCAAGGGGCAGAAUUGUCUGGAUGAGGAGGCCAACGCGAUACCCCUGGUGUCGCUCGGCUGCUACUGCGGGCCAAAGCUCUCCUUCCAGAAGAUGGGCCGGGGUGCCGCGACGUUGCCCUUCGACUGGAUCCGGACGACCGUAGACGGGCUCCUGCACUACAUCAGGAGCGAUUUCAGUGGCUUCUUCGACUUCGUCACGAAGCUUCCUGUGCCCGGCUGCAACCGCAUGGUGAUGUACCGUGAUCGGCUCCACUCCUUCUGGCACGACGAUCCCGAGGACCCGGCCAUGCGGGAGAAGUACGCGCGCCGCAUCGAGCGUUUCAACCAGCUGGACGCCAGGGUGCGCCCCGUCCUCUUCGUGCGGAGCGCCGCGGCGACGGAGGAGCUGCUGCGCGCCGCGGAGCUGGUGGAGGUGCUGGUGGCGAGGUUCGGCAAGGAGGCGCGCCUUCUCUUGAUCCUGAACUUCCAGGAUGCAACAGCUGGGCCGGCCUUUGUCAAGGGCGUGCCGAACCUGAUGGUGUAUUACCUGACUCCAGAGG